GUCCGCAAAUAAACUCACUAAAGAAAGAAAGAAAGAAAGAGCGCGCGUGUGAUGUGUUUGUGUAUCCUCAGUGUUUUUCUCUCUUGCGUGUUUCAUUUAGUUUAAACAGACUCUUGUUUCUGUGUAUUUUAAUGUUGAGAUGUACUGUGCUGUAAAUCCGUAGGAAGUGAUCUGUCCAUGCUGGAUAUAUUGAUGAUUUCAUCACAAAAAACUCUCAGGUGAAGAAAGAGGUGGCGUUACUGGAGACAAAGCUGAGGUCAAGAGGAGAUUUAACAAUGAAUCGAGAGGAUGUGGAUUGUUGUGAAUCUUCAGUGUAUGUGACUGAUGAUGGGAGUCUGGUUUCAGCGUGGAUGAGCAGAGAUCAGAGCCGCACACCACAGACACUGCUGGACUCUAAACUCUCUGAAGAGAAAUCCAGACACACACAGGACUCCGAUCUCAGUCUGACUUUACUCUGUUAUACUGAGUCAAAGCUCACAGACACUCAGGACACUACAGUGUGUGACAGUAAACAGAGCUUACAGGAGGAUCAAACCUCCACAGAGUCUCUGGAUUCUGUCUGUAACGCUGGAGAACAGCAGCAGAUCCUGCAGACCAAACUGAAGAUGUGUUCAGUUAAACUCAUCGACUGCACGAACCUCAUGAUGAAGAUUAAAACUGAACCCACAGAAAUCAAAACUGAACCCACAGAAAUCAAAACUGAACCCACAGAAAUCAAAACUGAACCCACAGAAGAGAAAGAUCGCACUGAGGAAGAUGAUGUUUUUAUUUCAUCAGAUGUGAAGAGGGAUUCAUGUCUGGAUAUAGAAAUAACGUCUUCAACGUCAAAAGAGCGACUGACAGCACAAACUCUUUCCUGCAUCACCUGUGGAAAGACAUUCAGCUCACAGAGACAUUUAGAGAGACAUGAGAGAAAACACACAGAACAGAAUCUCUUCACCAGAUCUGAGAUCAGCUUUACUACAUUACAAGAGAAGAAACUUCAUUCAGAAGAUCACAGAGAGAAGAAGAAGAAGAAGCAGUUUCACUGUGAGCGGUGUGGGAGGAUUUGUGUCUCUUCCUAUAAACUAAAUGUUCACAUGAGGACACACAGUGAUGAAAAGGCUUUCAACUGCACUGAAUGUGGAAGAUACUUCAGAACCAAAUCCAAACUUCAAGUUCAUCAGACAGUUCACACAGGAGAAAAACCUUACAAAUGCUCUCAGUGUGACAAGACGUUUGCUCAGUCAAGUUACUUACAAGCCCAUCAGAGACUUCAUACUGGAGAGAAACCUUACGUCUGCUCUCAAUGUGGAAAGAGCUUCUCCAAGUCAUCUAAUUUAAGAGUUCAUGAGAGAGUUCAUACUGGAGAGAAACCUUUUCACUGUAGUGUCUGUGGGAAGAGUUUUAGUCUAAAGCAUAACUUACUUAAUCACCAGAGAAUUCAUACAGGUGAAAAACCUUACAAAUGCUCUCAGUGUGACAAGACAUUUGCUCAGUUAAGUUACUUACAAGCCCAUCAGAGAGUUCAUAUUGAAGAGAAACUUCAUCACUGUAAUGUUUGUGGGAUGAGUUUUAAUCAACAUGACAAUUUAGUGAUGCACCUGACAAUUCAUACAGGUGAUAAACCUUUCAAAUGCUCUCAGUGUGACAUGACGUUUACUCAUUCACGUAACUUAAAAGUCCAUAAGAGAAUUCAUACUGGAUAAAAACCUCAUCACUGUAUUGUUAAUCAACAGUCAGUUUUUGUAAAGCUCCAGUGACUGUAAUAAAGUUAUGACAACAAAAACAUUUAAAUAUUGUUAAAAAACAAGUUAAUGAUAAAAUCAAGUAACCAGGCUUGGGAGGGUUACUUUAAAAGUGUAUUCCGUUACAGUUACAAAUUACUUCAUAACAAAGUAUUUAGUAAGCACAAUAUAAAAGUAAUGUAACUGAUAACUUUUUGAUUACUUAAAACAACAACUUUAAAAGGACUAUACAGGCAUCGGCUACAGUGUGGUAUUACAGAUUAGAAGGAAAUAAUAAAAACAUUAAAAAAAUUCUACACAAUCUACAUAUUAGUUUAAUAUAGGCCUACAUGUUGACUAAAGCCGUGAUCUUUCUUAAUUUGCCUGACUGAACUUGGACUAUUGGCAGUGGGAGUUCCCCUGCGUUACAUAGCAGCGAACAACGCGUUAAGUGAGAAGAGAUUAUGAAAGGAAAUUGUAGGUACUAAAAAGGGUACUCUCCUAAUUUCUACAGAUUUCAGCAUCACUAGAAGACUAACAAUUGCGAUCAUACAAACCACUAAAUUUUAAAGCAGUAAUAAACACUACAUACUAGGGUCAUUCUACAGAAAUGUCCACUUUUGGUAUGUCAAGAUGUUUUUUUUUCUAACAUUUAAACUUGGAUCACAUUAUUAGAUUACUCUUCGACUAUAUGAGUACAAAUGACAGCUUAAUGA